GCUUGAGACUACCGCUAAUGCAAAAAUUUGCUCUGAGUAAAACUUUGUUAAAAUCAAAAUAAGUUGCAUUAUAAAGAAAUUGAGCAAGCAAAAUGAAUGAGGAGACUCCAGCCUCCAUACAUACAAUAUGCCGCACUUGUUUAUCCAACCUGCAACACGAUGAAGCCUUCGAUUUGUUUGUUGUUCCGGGUCUGGCCAAGAAGUUGUGUGUGUGUACUUCGCUGUCGGUGGAGCACCUGGAUGGAUUCCCCAGAAACCUCUGCACCACCUGUCACAGCCGUCUUAAUGAUUUGCAUGACUUUCAGAAGCAAUGCGUGGAAUCUGUGCAGAGAUUCAAGGAGUUAAUGUCUAGAAACACCUUCAUAAUCCAAACUAUGCCGGAGGACGAUGUUGUCACUGAAAAGGAACCCAUUAACUUUGACCCACUAUUGAAUACUAAAAUGGAAAUUGACAACGAGGAGGAUGUUUUUAAAAUGCUUGAAGAUGUUGACAAAGAAUCCGAUGAUGUAGAUAAUCUGGAGGAUGCAUUUAAUGACAGUGGAAGUGACUAUAACAAUGAAGAUGCGGACUUCCAAGUGGAUAGCAGCGAUUCCGAUGAUGAGAUGCCGCUGUCACGCCUACGAAGUAAUUCAAAGACCACAAAGUCCAAGGCCAAAAAGGAUGAUGAAGAGCAGGAAUCGUCAGAAUCAAAUGAUGAAGAUGACCCCAAAGAGAAACCGAAACGCAAGCGAAUUCCAGCAGCUGAGCGUCAUUUGCAUCGCACUCUUGAAUGUCACAUCUGUCGUCAGAGAUUCAAAAAGGCAUCACGUUAUGAGGAGCAUAUGAAACACCACAAUGAUCAAUUGCCAUUUCAGUGUACAGUGGAAACCUGUAAGAAGGGAUUUACUACUGCCGCAGGACUGCGUCAUCAUAUGGAUCACACGCACCCGGAACUCUGCGAACUCAUUCCCUGUACUGUGGCUGGAUGCGAAGAAUCCUUUCCACGCACUCGCAUGCUCACACAUCAUUUAAAGAAGGUGCAUAAAAUUCUAAAACCUGAAAUUCGUAGUCAUCCUUGUACGGAAUGCGACAAAGUAUUCCGUUGUCCGACGGCGCUCAAGAAGCACAUGUAUAAACACACUGGCGAGGAGCCGCCAAUUUCAUGCAACAUCUGCAACAAACGCUUUUUCAUCAACAGCGAGCUCCGGGAUCAUCUGUUGCGUCAUGCCGGCGUCAAGAAUCAUGUGUGUCCUUACUGUGGAGUGGGCAAAACGACCAGGCAGGAGUGGAACAAACACAUCUUGACGCACACCCGGGAGAAGCAGUUCCAGUGCCGGCAAUGCGAUCAUGCCUCUCACAACAAGCAGGCUCUGGCCAAUCAUGUCAAGGUGGUGCACAUGAAGAUCAAGAACUUUGCCUGCCAGUAUUGUGGCAAGACCUUUGGCAAAUCCCAUGCUUGUAAGAUCCAUGAAAGAUUGCACACGGGAGAGAAUUGCUGCGAGUGUAAGAUCUGUGGCAAGGUCUUUCUCUUCGAGAAGAGAUUGACCAAGCAUCUGCAGCUGCAUGAGAAGCGUGAUAUACCAGCUGAAGAGGCUCCAGCUGAAGCAGAUGCACAGAAGGAGCAGCUUGCAGAGCCAAUCGAUGUAAAGAAGGAACCAACAGUUCCCGUCAAGCCGAAAGUUCCCGCCAAGCCAAAGAAGUCACGUCGUGUGGAGCGUGUGGACAUCUCUCAGCUGGCAGGCACCUCUGUGAAUCCCAUACCAUCGGUAUCAGUGCCCUCCUGGUCGCCACAGGUCAACUUUACCAAGAAGGAAGGCCAACACAUUUGUCCAGGCUGUGGACGUGGCUUCAAUCACAUUGGCAAUAUGAAGCUCCACUACAAAGUCAUCCACGAAAAGAUCAAGGACUUUGCCUGUCGCUACUGUCCCAAGCGCUUUGGCAAGGCACAAUAUCUGCAACAUCAUGAGUAUACACAUACGGGCGAGAAGCCGUACGGCUGUAAAAUAUGCGAUAAGCAUUUCAGUCAUGGUUCAUCUUUAAGGAAGCACAUGUUCUCACACAAUCGACCUCCAAAGGCACCAAAGGCACCGAAGCCGCCGCCCAAGACAAAAGAACAGAUGCCCAAAUUAAAACUAAAUAAGCAACCAGCAAAGAACUAUGAACAGUACCAGGAUCCAGCUGCGGAACGAGCGGCUGCAACGGCGGAGUUAAUGGCCCAGCAGCUGGACGAGAAUGAAGCGAAGCGCAGGGCGGAAGAGAAAACCCGGGAAAUUCAGGAGGCAGCGUGCCAGCAGCUCCAGAAGCUGCAGCAGCAGCAGAUUUCCUACGACAGCUUUGCUGAAUAAAACUCCAAAUAUAGUAUUACGCAAUUUUUUCCUGUAUCGAAAUAUUUCAAAUUGGUUACUAUAUAAACUUAAUGUACGAACUGUAA